AUGCCACCAGCCGAAAAUUCGAAUGCGGUGUAUCUUUUGGGCAAAUACGAUCCUCGGCUAGCAACAUUGCCGGGGAAAACUGCGCGUAACAAACAUUCAUUAGGAACGGAUCUGCAAGCUGGCAGAGGGAAAAAAUAUUUGAUUCAACGUUGGGGUGACGGAACGAUCUGUGAUUUGACUAAAGAACCCAGGAAGGUUGAAAUUCAGUUUCAUUGUAAUCCACAAUCUAGAGAUGGCAUUGCUUUAGUAAAAGAAAUGUACACCUGUUAUUACUUAAUUGUUAUACAUACACCAAGGUUAUGUAAUGAUCCGGCAUUUCACAGUAAGACUUCCUUCAAUGUCAAUCCUAUAGAAUGCUGGCCAAUUGUGUCUGAUGCGCAAUAUGAACGUAGCCUGGAAAAUCCACCAAAAAGUUUGGAAAGUGCAUCACAAGAAGAGAAGUCGAGUGCUACGAAUGCAGAGACAAAGGAAGACGAGGAAAGCAAAAUGACGGAUUCAACGAAUAAAAAUGACGAUCACGAUAGUCAAUUGUUUAGGGAUAAGAUAAAAUCGGAAAAACUGAUAGCCAUAGUGAACAUGUAUACAUCAAAAAUAAAGGGACAAGAUGUGUUAAUAGAGGGAGAGGAAGAACAGUCGGGUGAUCAUAAACGUAAAGUCAAAUUUUUUUUCAUGGACGAGAGUGGACAGAUAAAGCCAUUAGAAAACACCGAGUCGGUGUUGAAACAAGAAAAAUCAUCGGACAAAGCUCAAGAGGAAGAAGAUUGA